GCGGAAGAGGAAGGAACGGGCCAGGCUGUGAGGUGGCAGCGGCUGCAGCGGCGGAGCCGGCGCCUCGGGCCCUGGGGUCUGUUCCCCCUUCCCCGCCCUACCCCUGCAAGGGGCGUCGGGGGCGCCGCUCCGGAGGACAGGAGCACGUCCCAGCCCCACGCCCUCACCCCCCACUCCCCGGGACCGGGCUGGCCGCGGCCGCCCGUUAUCCGCCCGCCGCCGCCCCUGGCCCGGCUGCAGGGGACUCCCCCUGUGGGUCUCGGGGUGUCCUUGGUUGUCCUUCGCCCACUGGCGCAGGCAGGGCUUUUGCCCCCGCUGACGGGCCUGAGAACGGGGUCUUUGCCCUCCUCUUUCCGCCGCGACCUCCAUUCCCGUCGCCAGAACGAACGGAGUCUCCCUGCCCCUCCUCUACAGCCCCGUGACGCAGGCAGUUUUAUUUCUCUUGUGAGACUAACGGCUAACACUCGCUUUGGGCCUUCUUUCUAGGACUAGAGUUGCUCUUUGAUUGCUGAGAGGUAGACAGGGGCGCCGGGCUUGACAACGGGCGCACCGGAAGCCAGCCGAGCAUCCGUGCGCCUUCACAGGAUCCCUGCGUUGUCGCUAGCUGCUUCUCUUCUCGGUUUGGUUUGGUUCGGUUUGGGUACCCGGGGCUCUGGUAACACCAAACACCGAAUCGCUCUUACGGGGCCGGGGUUUCUGUCAUUGGCCUCCCGUCCCUUCUCAGAAGAUGGUGGGCAGCACCAGCUUCUCAGCAGCGGGGGUUCGGAGAAGAACGCACUGCAGAGUGACUCCAUCAGCCAUUGUGCUCCUCUGAGAGGCUCUCCGUGCUGAGUCACCAUAUCCUCCGUCCACCUCAUUAGGUGGGCAGAACUUCUGUGCGCGGUGCCAGUGGCUCCUGACCACUCCUGACUACUGGGAGGGGUGGGUACCCUAGCCAGAUGUCUCCUUAACACUCGGGAAUAGAGUGGAAAGGCCCUGACCCCAUCCCGGUGCCGGCCUUCAGCAGCCAGUCAGCAGCACCUGCAGUAAACUGAGUGAGACGUGCCCCCGCCAGGCGCUUUUUGGGAAAGGCCCGUGGAGUUAGGUUCCUCUAGCCGGGGGCUGUUGUGUUGAUGGAGCAUGUGCUUUUCCCCAAGCCCAUCUUUAUCGGUUGCUGCCAUCUCUUGGCUUAGAUCCAGUCUACAGAUGUAUGUAAUCCUUUUGGGGUUAGGUUUGACGGGAUUGAGUUUUAUUUCCUCCCGUUUUUACUGGAAGCCUCACCAUUAGUGGGUGAAAUUGAUUCUAAUAUUUACUAUUUAGAUUGAGGGUUAGAUCCAGCACCUUGACAACAGAAGGCCAGGCAGACAUUUCCCGGGGAUACUGGGCCUGGAAGCAAACACGCCUUGUUCUCUUGUUGACCUCAUUGACCCCAGGUUCCCUUGUUAAAACUGCAGACCUACUCCCGGCCAGGUGCCCGUUUACCCACUGAUCGAUCCUUGAGGCUGUGCCCUCUGGGGCACGCACAUGGCAGGGCCCACCGCCAUGCGACUGAGCUCAGUGUUGGCUCUGCUGCGACCAGCACUGCCCCUCAUCCUAGGGCUGUCUCUGGGGUGCAGCCUGAGCCUCUUGCGGGUUUCCUGGAUCCAGGGUGAGGGAGAAGAUCCCUGUGUAGUGGCUGUGGGGGAACCAGGAGGGCCACAGAAUCUAGACUCAGGAACUCAGCUUGACCAAAGUGAUGAAGACUUCAAACCCCGGAUUGUCCCCUACGACAGGGAUCCCAACAAGCCCUACAAGAAGGUGCUCAGGACUCGGUACAUCCAGACAGAGCUGGGCUCUCGCGAGCGGUUGCUGGUGGCUGUCCUGACCUCCCGGGCCACACUGCCCACUCUGGCUGUGGCUGUGAACCGCACGGUGGCUCACCACUUCCCUCGGUUACUCUACUUCACUGGGCAGCGAGGGGCCCGGACUCCGGCAGGGAUGCAGGAUGACACGUAUGUGCAGGCCCCCCGCCUGGCAGCCCUGGCUGGCCACCUCAGUAUCAACCAAGACCUGUACCUGGGCCGGACGGAGGAGUUCAUUGGCGCAGGCGAGCAGGCCCGAUACUGCCACGGCGGCUUUGGCUACCUGUUGUCACGGAGCCUCCUGCUUCGAUUGUGGCCACAUCUGGAUGGCUGCCGAGGAGACAUCCUCAGUGCCCGUCCUGAUGAGUGGCUUGGCCGCUGCCUCAUUGACUCUCUGGGCAUCGGCUGUGUCUCACAGCACCAGGGGCAGCAGUAUCGCUCGUUUGAACUGGCCAAAAAUAGGGACCCCGAGAAGGAGGAGAGCUCGGCUUUCCUGAGUGCUUUUGCGGUGCACCCUGUCUCCGAGGGAACCCUCAUGUACCGGCUCCACAAGCGCUUCAGUGCUCUGGAGCUGGAACGAGCGUACAGUGAAAUAGAACAGCUGCAGGCUCAGAUCCGGAACCUGACCGUGCUGACCCCUGAGGGGGAGGCAGGCCUGAGCUGGCCCAUUGGGCUCCCGGCCCCUUUUACACCGCACUCUCGUUUUGAGGUGCUGGGCUGGGACUACUUCACAGAGCAGCACACCUUCUCCUGUGCAGACGGGGCCCCCAAGUGCCCACUGCAAGGGGCUAGCAGGGCAGAUGUGGGUGACGCCGUGGAGACUGCUUUGGAGCAGCUGAAUCGGCGCUAUCAGCCCCGCCUGCGCUUCCAGAAGCAGCGGCUGCUCAACGGCUACCGGCGCUUUGAUCCAGCGCGGGGCAUGGAGUACACCCUGGACUUGCUGCUGGAAGCUGUGACGCAGCGCGGCCACCGGCGGGCCCUGGCCCGCAGGGUCAGCCUGCUGCGGCCCCUGAGCCGGGUGGAGAUCCUCCCCAUGCCCUACGUCACCGAGGCCACCCGCGUGCAGCUGGUGCUGCCGCUGCUGGUGGCCGAAGCCGCCGCGGCCCCUGCGUUCCUGGAGGCCUUUGCAGCCGGUGUCCUGGAGCCACGAGAGCAUGCCUUGCUCACCCUGUUGCUGGUCUAUGGGCCACGGGAAGGGGGCCGAGGGGCCCCGGACCCGUUUCUUGGGGUGAAGGCUGCAGCGGCUGAGUUGGAACGACGGUACCCUGGGACGAGGCUGGCCUGGCUCGCUGUGCGCGCGGAGGCCCCUUCCCAGGUGCGGCUCCUGGACGUGGUCUCUAAGAAGCACCCCGUGGACACGCUCUUCUUCCUCACCACCGUGUGGACCAGGCCCGGGCCCGAAGUCCUGAACCGCUGCCGCAUGAACGCCAUCUCCGGCUGGCAGGCCUUCUUCCCGGUCCACUUCCAGGAGUUCAGCCCCGCCCUGGCACCACAGAGAUCUCCCCAGGGGCCCCCGGGGGCCGGCCCCGACCCCCCGUCCCCUCCUGGUGCUGACCCUGCCCGGGGGGCUCCCGCUGGGGGCAGGUUUGACCGACAGGCUUCCGCAGAGGGCUGCUUCUACAACGCGGACUACCUGGCGGCGCGAGCCCGGCUGGCUGGUGAGCUGGCAGGCCAGGAAGAGGAGGAAGCCCUGGAGGGGCUGGAGGUGGUGGAUGUUUUCCUCCGGUUCUCAGGGCUCCACCUUUUCCGGGCCGUGGAGCCAGGGCUGGUGCAGAAGUUCUCCGUGCGUGACUGCAGCCCUCGGCUCAGCGAGGAGCUCUACCACCGCUGCCGCCUCAGCAACCUGGAGGGGCUGGGGGGCCGUGCGCAGCUCGCCAUGGCUCUGUUUGAGCAGGAGCAGGCCAAUAGCACCUAGCGCGGCCCGGGCCCCACGCCUCCACUUAGAGCCCUUCCGGCCUAAUCCCCGGCCAGGCGGGGCAAGAUGGAUGGACCGACGGAGGGCUUGUUGCUGUAUUUCUGAAUAAGAAAAUGUUAUUAAAAGUGUCUUCUGCCAAACUGUUUUUAGGUGUAGGGAAAAUGGAGUAAGAAGACUCUGAGGGAGGGGGUGGGGCGUUUCCCAGAGGGACCCACUGCCCUCCCCUUCCUCCUCCCUCCCCAGUUACCAAUGACCACACGGCUGUUAUCAGGUGAAUGACCUUUAAUCCAGUCCCUGCCUCACCCGCGAGGCGAGGCCAGACGUCAGGAGUGAUGGCGGAGCCCUAGGGGACAGGGCAGGGCCUGAGGCCCCCAGCGGCGCCCGUUCACAGGGCUCCUAGGUGUUGCGCACAACCAGAGAUUGCUCCAGCUCCUGCCUGCGCUGCUGGAUCUGUAGAGAAAUGAGAGCAGAAGCAGGUUACCGUGGUGCUGCACUCCCUGAGUCCCCUUCACCUUGAGGUCCCGGCUCUGGGAGCGGAGGAGGUCUUGGAUGUAGCCUUUGGGGUCUCUGGAGAAGCUUAGCAUGAAGUCCCUCUGGAUCUUGAGCUGGUUUAUGGACUCAAUCGUCUCAUGGAUCUACAGCUCUGGGCUCUGGCCCCACCUUACUGUCCAGAGCGCUGAUCUCCUGCUGGUUGGCCGUGGACAGGAGGAAGCUGCUCAUCUGCCCCUUCAGUGGCUCCUCCACCUCCACAUCAAUGUCAUAGCACGCCGUCUUCUUCUGGUCCGACGGGUCCACGCUGCCAGGAGAGUCCAGCCCUUGGCGUCCGUGCCGCCCCCACAGAGGCCAAGGGCGCUGGGGCCCAAUGCAGAGGGGAGGGG